AUGAGCCGACCAGGACAAGACCCGUACUCGUCAUCUUCCUCGCCCCCACACGGCAGCUACAACUACGCCUAUGACAACUAUGGCCACCCGUUUGACAAUAACUAUGCCUCGGGCUCCAUGCCGUCACAGCAGCCGCCAUUGUACCGCGAGGAGUCAGAGUACUCCAAGUAUGCUCAGUAUCCGGAGGACGACAUUGAGCCGUUCGACAUCAACCAGAUCGAUCCGGCGCUGAGGCUGCGCACGACGAAGACGGCGCACUCGGUCAUUGCCGAGUCCAUCAGAUCCGAGGGCGAGCGAGUACAACGGAGACGUUCGCGACUCCUGAAACACCUCAAGCGUCACGGCACGACACGGUUACGGAGUGCCAAGUCGCGGCGAGGGCGGAAACAUCAUGGCGACGACCAGGAUGGAGGCCUUGACGGGUUACCGAGCAUUAUCGACAGCGACGCCGGCGAGCCGCCAUCAAAGCCCCCACAAUCAGCGGGAAACGAUGGGAGUGGCGGCAGUGGCAGUGCUGUCGACCAUGCCGCAGAGGGCCUGGGCCUGAAGAAGAAGAAAAAGCCUCUGACACGAAGAUCGAUCUACGUCAACAUGCCAUUGCCGGCCGACCAGCUCAACGCCAAAGGCGAGCCGACGGUCAGCUAUGCGCGCAACAAGGUGCGCACGUCCAAGUACACGCUCGUCACCUUCCUCCCGCGCAACCUUUUUGAACAGUUCCACCGCGUCGCAAACAUUUACUUCCUGGCUUUGGUUAUCCUGCAGCUGUUCUCGAUCUUUGGCGCAACGACACCGGAAAUUGCAAUGCUGCCUCUCGUGGCCAUUCUCGGCAUGACGGCGAUCAAGGACGGUAUCGAGGACUGGCGCCGUGCAAAGCUGGACGAGGAGGUGAACACCUCCGCAGCAACGAAACUCGGCAACUGGAAGAACUACAACCAGCCGACAGAUCCGCGCAACUGGUUUGAGCGGUUGUUCCACCUUGGUCCUGGUGUCCGCAAACUUCGAGAGAAGGAGGCCAAGGAGGGAAAACAGGUUGUCUUUGAGCGCCACGCCGAGGAGUCGGAGCAGGCCGCCAUGGAGCAUCUCUAUGGCAACGGAGUUGACCCCAACGAGACGGCUGACACCUCUCACCUGCAGCCGCCUAACGCCAGUCCCCCAUUCCACGCCCUCAAGGGGUCUGAUUCUAUCAUGGGUGUCAACCCCAGCCGCGGAAGAGCCAUCUCCAACGCGUCAUCGGCUCCGAGUACAUGGUCCCGUCGCAGCACUGGCGUAAUCGACUACAGCAAGUCGGCUCCGGGCACGGCGCAGUGGGAACGCACGCUGUGGAAGAAGCUCGAGGUCGGAGACAUUGUGCUCCUCCGCGGCGACGAGCAGGUACCUGCCGAUCUCAUGGUGCUCUCGACGUCGGACCCUGACAACCUUUGUUUUGUUGAGACAAAGAAUCUCGACGGCGAGACGAAUCUGAAGGUCCGGAAGGCGGUGAAGGCAACAUCUUCGAUCGGCUCGGAGGAAGACAUUGAGCACGCCCGUUUCGUUCUGGACUCUGAACCGCCACACGCCAAUCUCUACUCCUACAAUGGUGUCCUGAAGUACCGUCCCGCCGCGGGAAGCACAAAGGUCGACGUGGCGGAGGAGAUUGAGGCGGUUACGAUCAACGAGAUCCUCCUCCGUGGCUGCACGCUGCGCAACACGAAGUGGGUCAUCGGCCUCGUUGUCUUCACCGGUGCCGACACGAAGAUCAUGAUGAACGGAGGCGACACGCCGUCGAAGCGCUCCAAGAUCGAGAAGGAGACCAACUUCAACGUCAUCAUGAACUUCAUCAUCCUGCUGCUGCUGUGUUUAGUGACGGCGUUGCUCCACGGGUACUACCGCUCACUGGACAAUGAGAGUGCCAAUUCGUACGAACAACACGCGCAGGCUUCGGACAACAUCUACCUCGACUCGGUCGUCAUCUUCGUCUCGUCCUUAAUCGUGUUCCAGAACAUUGUGCCGAUUUCGCUCUACAUCACGGUCGAAAUCGUCAAGACGAUCCAGGCGUACUUCAUCUAUCAGGAUAUCGAAAUGUACUACGCGCCAUACGACACGCCCUGCGUGCCCAAGACGUGGAACAUUUCGGAUGACCUCGGCCAGAUCGAGUACGUCUUCUCGGACAAGACCGGCACCCUCACGCAGAACGUCAUGGAGUUCAAAAAGUGCUCCAUCGGCGGUAUCACUUUCGGAGAAGGAAUCACGGAAGCGUCGCUCGGCGCCAUGAAGCGCGAGGGCAAGGACGUCAGUCACACGAUGGAGGACCAGGAGGAAGAGCUCAAGCAAAAGAAGGAAGUCAUGGUCGACCAGAUGAAGCGUCUCUAUAAGAACCGCUAUCUGCGCGACGACAAGCUCACCCUCAUCGCUCCCGAGCUCCCGAAGCACCUCGGCGACAAGGGGGAUCCGCUCCGCGCCCAGGUUAUCUCUUUCUUCCGCGCCCUCGCUCUUUGCCACACUGUCCUGUCCGACAAGCCGGAGCCCGAAGACAAGCCCUUCGUGCUCGACUACAAGGCCGAGAGUCCCGAUGAGGAGGCACUUGUCGCUGCUGCGCGCGACGUCGGCUUCCCAUUCGUCACUCGCAACUCGAACAAGGUCGACAUCGAGGUCCUCGGCCAGCCUGAGCGCUGGAUCCCCCUCCGCGUGCUCGAGUUCAACUCGACCCGAAAGCGUAUGAGCACCGUCAUGCGCAGCCCGGACGGUCAAGUCGUCCUCUUCUGCAAGGGUGCCGACAGUGUCAUCUACGAGCGCCUGGCGAAGGACCACGACGAGGCUCUGAAGCAGGCGACGCUGAAGGACCUGGAGACGUUUGCGAACGGCGGUCUGCGUACGCUUUGCAUUGCCUACCGCAACAUGUCCGAGGAGGAGUUCAACACGUGGUCCAAGCAGUACGACGCUGCAUGCGCCGCUGUCGAGGACCGCGAGGGCAAAAUCGACGAGGCGUGCGAGAUUGUUGAGCACAGCUUGCAGAUCCUCGGCGCGACCGCGCUCGAGGACAAGCUCCAGCAGGGCGUGCCGGACGCGAUCGAGAUGCUGCACAAGGCUGGAAUCAAGCUCUGGAUCUUGACGGGGGACAAGCUGCAGACGGCCAUCGAAAUCGGAUACUCGUGCAACCUGCUCACGAACGACAUGGAGGUCAUGAUCAUCUCGACGGACUCGCCAGAAGGCGCCCGAGCGCAAAUCGAAGCCGGGUUGAAUAAGAUUGCUUCGAUCCAGGGCCCACCCGCGACCAAGGGCGGUGGCAAGGUCGCUGGCAUGGACCCCAGUGCCACCUUCGCGGUUGUCAUCGACGGCGAAUCGCUCCGCUACGCGCUCAGCCCGGAGCUCAAGCCGCUCUUCCUCUCGCUCGGCACGCAGUGCUCUGCCGUCAUCUGUUGUCGUGUCUCGCCAGCGCAGAAGGCGCAAACUGUCAAGCUCGUCAAGGAUGGGUGCAACGCGAUGACGCUCUCGAUUGGCGACGGUGCCAACGAUGUCGCCAUGAUCCAGGAGGCGAACAUCGGCGUCGGCCUGUUCGGUCUCGAGGGCUCGCAGGCCGCCAUGUCCGCCGAUUAUGCCUUCGGCCAGUUCCGCUUCCUCACCCGCCUCCUCCUCGUUCACGGCCGCUGGUCGUAUGUGCGCAUCGCCGACAUGCACGCGAAUUUCUUCUACAAGAACGUUGUCUGGACAAUCACCAUGUUCUGGUUCCUGAUCUACAGCAGUUUCGACGCGACGUACAUGUUCCAGUACACCUUCAUCAUGUUGUACAAUCUCGUUUUCACUUCGCUCCCCGUCGGUAUCUUGGGUGCGUUCGACCAGGACACGAACGCGCGCGCCUCUAUGGCGUUCCCGCAGCUGUACAAGCGCGGCAUCCUCGGCCUCGAGUACACCCGUUUCCGCUUCUGGCUCUACAUGCUGGACGGCCUUUACCAGUCUGCUGUCGUAUUCUUCAUCCCGCUGCUCGUGUAUUGGGACGGCGCGACGUGGUCCGCGAACGGCUGGGACACGAACGACAUGUACGACCUCUCGUCGACCAUCGCCGCUGCCGCCGUCAUCACCGCGAACCUGUACGUCGGUAUCAACACGCGCUACUGGACGAUCAUCCCCGGCAUCAUCAUCCCGCUCUCCACGAUCACUGUGUUCGUGUGGAUUGCGCUGUACUCGGUCUGGGCUCCACAGGACUACUACGGUGUCGUCAACAUUGUCGUGCCGACUUUCAACUUCUGGUUCACGAUCCUCAUCACGGUCGCCCUUGCGGUCGGUCCGCACUGGCUGCUGCGCGCGUUCCGCCAGUCGUACCUGUACAUCGACAAGGACAUUGUGCGCGAGGCGUGGGUGGGCGGCACACUCAAGGACGAGCUGGGUAUUCCGCACCGCAAGAAUCGGAAGCAUAGGAAGCACCGGGACCUGGAGGAGGCGCGGUACCACAAGCGUACCGAGGGGCUGGACACGUAUCAGCCGACGGCGCUCGAGAUGACGCAGGUUAGCAGCGCAGUCGAUCCGUUACUGGACUCGAACUCGGGGUCGUUACGCUCGCCGACAGAGGUCCCAUCGCUGCCCAACUCGCCCGAGCCGCGCCGCACAGGGCCUGUACGACCGCCGCGCGCGCCCGUGCACGACCCGCCCGACGUCCACGCCCCGCCGUACGAGUACAACUACACGGGCGCGGACUCGCCGUACAGCCGGGGCGGCGGCAGUCCCGACUUCUUCGCCAACGGCGCCGUGCAGGAGCCGCGGCCAACGCGCGCGCCGCCCUCCUCCUUCCCGCAACAGUACGGGUGGAACAGCACGUCGCCAGCACCGACGACGCGACAGCGCAAGAACCACCAGCAGCGCGAGGAUCUGUCCGAGGUCAUGGACGAUGGCAACAGUCACCAGCAGCCGGGGCCGGACUAUCGCCCGCCCUCUACCGCUGCUGGCGACUUUACGAAAGAUACCCAGUGGGCAAACCGCCCGCCUUCCGAGGCUGACCCGGCAUUUGCUGGGUACGCCGUGUAG